GAAAUUGUGAACAUCUUCAGGUGCUAUAGCCAGAAUGUCCGGCAAUCUGCUUGAAACCCAUACUUCCUACCCGUUGUCCUUCCCUCGUGAUCCACUUGACUGCUGUGACCUGAGCUCGUACAGCAUCGCGCUCGAGAGCAGGGCAUCAGAUCUAUUCAUCAUUGAUGAAUCUUUGGUUGACGUUGAACUGCCGCAAGGGAGCACUAGAAUCAUCACGAUAUUCCGUUACAACUCCUGGAGCCGCAUGAAUAUCACAUCCAAUAUGUUCAAAGCAAUUUGUACUUCGUCAGGUGUCCACCCAAGGGUCCUAGAUCUUAUCAGGGGAAUGGGAUACAAGUCCAGGCCGACAGAUGAGCAUUUCAUGGGAUGCUACUGCUCAACCCAGCAUGAGCCCGGCCAGCCAAUACAGGAUGAUGGAACGCUUGUACCAAAGAAGUCAGCAUCUCACAUGUCUUAUAAUCUCCGCUAUUUCGAAAAACAUGGUCGUGAUAUCAAAGAUCCUUGGUCUUGUAGACAAUGUGUCUUUUAUCAGAUCACUUAUUGUAAUGAUAAUACAUCAACAUGGCUUGUUAUUCAGCCGCCAACGAAAUGGAAGGAGGGACUAAAAAUUGUAGACUUAAACAAGACCGAUUAUCCUCCUGCUCUCCAUCUUCGGGCCAUAUCAUCUGCAGCGGCAACAAUGUGGGAGUAUCUGGAGGACAUUAGCAAUGAGCUUACUGAACUGAGCAGAAGGGUGUCCUUCCCAAAGCCUUUGAAAAAGUUUGACUUUGACUUCACCCUGAGUCAGCACCUGCAAAUCGUCCGCCAGAAGUUGCAUCAUGCCAGGAUGAUAUUAGACGGGACGUUGCGGACCAUAGCUGCUAUAGCUUCCCACGUGGAAGCAACGUGGAAGGUGGCAGGCGACACCCCUACGGCUUUACACAAUCUGUUCCUCCGCGAGCUGAGAAAUAUAUCUUACGACCUGCAUGCCCAUCGGUCCACAGCAACGGAGCUUCUAGACCUUUCUGCAGAUAUAACUGCUACCAUUAAAUCGAUUCUCGAACUCCGUAACCAGGACUUACUUAACAACAAUAGCCGACAGCUGCAAGUAAUUACAGAGGCCAACGCCAAAGAGACACAGAUGAUGGCGGAGGUUGCGCAGUAUGCCUACAAUGAUUCGAGGACAGUGCGUAUCGCCACUGUUAUCGCCAUGAUAUAUCUGCCGGCUAGUUUAGUUAUGUCUUUUUUUAGUACAGUGUUUGUGGACUUCAAUAAUGUCGCGGAUUCUGAGUAUCUGAGUGUUCACAAAGAAAUAUGGGUGGCCGUUGUUUCGAUUGCGGUCAUGGUUGUUGCAACAGCAAGUUGGUUCUGGAUUUGGGAAAGACGUAACGCCAAGGCAACCUUACUCUCUUCACUUCCAAAACUUAAAUCUUCAACAAGAGACACCGAAUGGCUAGAGAUGAGAAAUUUGAGCUAGGUUCUGAGGCGUACUAAUAUUAUUAUGGCUUUAAGACUCCACCGGGAAAGAUGCGAGCGAGAAAAAAAGUUUGGUAGGACAGUUUAUGAGCGUGUGGCAGGUGAUAGUUACUCAUUUACUUGUAAAAAGACAAAGUGCAGUUCAGGGCCGGUAAUAAAAAGUCUGGUUUGGCUACCUUACUUAACUAUAUAAACCUCCGCUUGCUUACCGCCUACUUACUAGAAUCGCUUGCUCGAAGUUGCC